ACACAAUUCCACACAUCAGGAACAUUUCUUUCUCUUUUUUCUUUUCAUUCUUGCUUGCUUGCUGAAACGAGUGGUUAGCCGUUCUGGUGUUGACACAGGAAAAGGCGAAAUGCUGGCAACCGAGUCAAAGCCGACAAUGCAACAGGCAGCUCAGCGGCGCGCCUGGUUCGGUUCCUCACACCCACCAGGCGUACUUUCAACUUCCUCCCAAUUUUGGUCCCAGCCCCUUGGCUUAUCUUCCUGAGAAUGUUAAAAGAAAAGAAAAAAGAAAAAGAACACUGAUCUUACUGCAAGCUGUCUUUAGUGUCUGCUGUUCCCUUCUUAUGCACACGGCCGGGACUGGCCCUCCAAACUUCUCCAUUGUCUGGUGAGUCACUCUUGCUUUCCCGUUUUCGCCUUCCGUGAAUUCUGCGCACACCCCACAAGUGCCCCGCUCUCUCCCAGCGCUCCGCCUGGGCUCAACGCUUCCUAGCCGAGGUCGGCGGCCGUGCGGCUUCCAGCACCCACUGCCCAGGGUUUGGGUGGGAGCGGGGCCCCAGCGAAGCUCCAGCCCAGCGCCCGCGGGGCCGGGCCGGCGUUCGGGGUCGGGGCCGUCUCCUCCCCUCUCCCCGCUGACGACCUCGCAGUGAACUCGCAGUGCCCCCACGGGGUGGGACGCGCGCGUCCCACCUCUGGGGCGGUUUGCGGGCGCUAGCCCUGGGGACGGUGACUCCGCUUCUGAGUCCGUCCCCAGGCGGGUGCGGAGUGGUGGCGGCCGCCCCCUGGGCGCGGGGCCGCGGCCGAGAGGAGCGCGGAUCGGCAGAGGAGCCCUGAGCGCCGCCCGGAUGCUGCAGCCUAGUGGCCUCUCCCGGAGCGACGCGAGCCCUGGGGCCGAGCCUGCCCUGGGCGCGCUGGGGGCCGGAAGGGGGCUCUGGACUAGGAUCCCUCCCCCUUUCCCUCUGCGUGCCGGAGUGCUCUCAGACCCUCCUCCUCCCAGGUACGAGCCGGGAGAGGAGGGCGCCUCUCUCCUGCCGGCGCUCCACCAUGGGCAAUAUCUCCAAUGACUCCUGGCCCGAGGACUGCGGGUCGCGGCAGUGGCUCCCCUCCGGCGAAAGUCCGGCCAUCAGCUCAGUGAUGUUCUCGGCCGGGGUGCUGGGGAACCUCAUCGCUCUGGCGCUGCUGGCGCGCCGCUGGCGGGGGGACGCGGGACGCAGCGCGGGACGCGGGAACUCGGUCUCCUUGUUCCACGUGCUGGUGACAGAGCUGGUGUUCACCGACCUGCUUGGGACCUGCCUCAUCAGCCCGGUGGUGCUGGCUUCCUACGCUCGGAACCAGACCCUGGUGGCGCUGGCGCCUGAGAGCCGUGCGUGCACCUACUUCGCCUUCGCCAUGACCUUCUUCAGCCUGGCCACGAUGCUCAUGCUCUUCGCCAUGGCCCUGGAGCGCUACCUGUCCAUCGGGCACCCCUACUUCUACCAGCGUCGUGUCACGCGCCGCAGCGGCCUGGCAGUGCUGCCCACCAUCUACGCCGUCUCCCUACUCUUUUGCUCGCUGCCGUUGCUGAACUACGGGCAGUACGUCCAGUACUGCCCCGGGACGUGGUGCUUCAUCGAGCACGGCCAGACUACGUACCUGCAGUUGUAUGCCACCCUGCUGCUCCUCCUCAUCGUCGCGGUGCUCGCCUGCAACUUCAGCGUCAUCCUCAACCUCAUCCGCAUGCACCGUCGGAGCAGGAGAAGCCGCUGCGGGCCCUCCUUGGGCAGCUGCCGGGACGCCCCUGGGGCCCGCAGGAGAGGGGAAAGGCUGUCCAUGGCAGAGGAGACAGACCACCUCAUUCUCCUGGCUAUUAUGACCAUCACCUUUGCUGUGUGCUCCUUGCCUUUCACAAUUUUUGCAUACAUGAAUGAAACCUCUUCCCGAAAAGAAAAGUGGGACCUCCAAGCUCUUAGAUUUUUAUCCAUCAAUUCAAUAAUUGACCCUUGGGUCUUUGCCAUCCUUCGGCCUCCUGUUCUGAGACUAAUGCGUUCAGUCCUGUGUUGUCGGGUUUCAUUAAGAACACAAGAUGCAGCACAGACUUCCUGUUCUAUACAGUCAAAUGCCAGUAAAUAGAUUGACCUUUGUGGACAGUAGUUAAGAAGUGCUUAGUUAGCCAGCAUCUGGAAGAUCAUUUUGAAAUGGCUCCUUGGAGAAAUGAAAAAAGUUAGUUUAUAAACAAAGUGAAGCUACCCUAAUAAAACAGAGUAAACAAACGUUUCAGCAGCAGUUUGUGCUACAGAGGUGCGACAAGGCACUUCACAGAAGGUGUCAGGAGAAUACAUUAAAGCUGCCCUCGAUGAGCAUGUUACAUGGCCUUUGAGAAAAAACCAACUGCAUUUAGGAUCCGGUUGCCUUUUGAUUUAAGCUUUCUAUUGAAUGAGAGCAUAUGUGGUUUUGUAAUUUGUUUAAAACCCUAAGUAGUUACUGUGUGUUCGAUUUCAAUCAUCUAUGCUACUGCCGCUGUAAACAUACAGUGCACAGUCAGGCCAGAGAAAACUUCACAUGUAUUCUCUACGAAGUCCAUACAAGGAAGCAACCACGCCUGGUGUCUUGUGAUUGCUUAAGAAACCCUUUGUUUGGCCAGUGAAUUUGGAAAUCACAGGCACUUUGUAGUGUUGUAUUUGUGCACAUGGGAGGACUCCCUCGUCACUACAGUAUUACGCGUGGAAGAGUAAGUAAGCUCAGCUGGUUAACGUCACCUUCUCACUACUCCUCCGGAAGCUGGGUGUCAAAGUAUCGGGUUAUUUAUUUUAUAAUGUCCGUUGUGCCGACAGUAAUGAAGAACACUUUCGGAAUUUUCCUCUCAACAAGAAAUAAUAGGCUAUUGAGAGAGUUAAUUCUGAUUAAUAUUCUUCAUUCUAUUUCCAGGGAGAGGCUAUGGGGCUAUGUCUGCAACCAAGUAUUAGAAUUAAGAAUGGAAAAAUCUGAUCAAUUCUCAGUAAACCCUGAAACUCUUCUAAGGCUCAUGCUGAGGCUGUGACUAACAUCUACUUUAUAAGGUGACUGUUGUAGCAAAACUCAUGCAUCUAAGUUUUUAUCCAGGAAACAUGAUUUGACUCAUACUAUAUAGGAAAUAAUGCAACAGUGAGUCAUAUCUUAAUAUGUUUCUAAAUCUAAAUGUUUGCCAUGGUAUAAAAAUAUACUGGCAUUAAAAUAUUUCAGCAAAUUUGCACUGCUUAAUCAUCUUAGUUCCUGCAUAAACUCAUCUGAAAUGUCACAAAAAUAAACUAUGAAACAAAAAUUUAGAAAUGGAAGAGUGUUGAGUUCCCCCAAAUAACAGUUUAUAGAGUAGAUAUAUUUUUUAGUGAGAUAAAAGUGGAAAAAUUAUAUUUAUUUUGGCAAGUUUUUAAAAGUAUGGUUUCAUUGUAAUUUAAAUGUUAAAAUAGUCAGUAUAGUACUUGGUAUUCGAGUAUCUUUUUUUCCUUACAGCAUGAUCUUCAGAAUAGUAGAAACACCUUAUUUAUUUAUUUAUUUUGCAGUGUGUUAUUACAGGAUAGCUAUUAUAAAAAACCAAAAAGGGGAUGUCAGUUUUUUCCAAGGUCUCGUUGAGUUGCUUACGCAAAACCAUUUCCUAUAAGUAGUUAUCAAACUAGGUGAUCACUUAAAGUGAUUCCAAACCAAUCUAGCAUCAGUAUAUUUUGACACAAUCUAUGUCAAAUCAGCUCUUAUUUUUAAAAGAAUAAAUAAAUGGUUUGCUUUCCUACUGAUUUAAACAAACCAGGCAAAAUUUAACUUAACUGAAAUCUGGACAUGUAAAUAAAUCUUCCCUGCAAACAAGUAUUCUGAAGUUAAGAAAUUGCUCUAAACAGGACUAAUAAUUAUACUCAUGGGUAAUUCCUAAACAUAAAAUUCUAACGUUACUUUGAAUAUGAAAGAUUGAUUUAUAAGAUGACUAUUUUUUCCUCCAAAUGAAACCAAAUGAAAAUGUUAACUAUAGUCCUUCUCUUCACCUCACCAUCACCCCAAAAUUCUGAAAUAAUGCCUGAGAACCUUAAAAAACAAACAAAAAACAAGAAAAGGCAUAGUUGGACAUAGUCUCUCUAGUGGGAACAAAAUGAUUUACUCUGGGGUCCCAAUAUAUAAAAGUUGAAGCCAUUUAUUUAAGAACUGGUAGAUUUCUAGAGCUUUGUUUCCUGAUGUACUCCUGUUCCUUGUACUGUAUUAAAUGGCUGAAUCCUGUUGUUUUGUUUGCAUAUACACAGAAGGAAUUAAAUGUAAAAAUCCUGUGUAAUAGACAAUCACCUAUUAUUAAUGGCAAUUUAAAGGUAACAGAAAAAAUUAGACGGGUAAACAUUUCCUUUCUAAAAAUCCCAUCACCUCAGACAUAUCUGUUCACGUUUACUGACUCAUUUUCAACUUAAAUGAAAAACACAGAGCUUAGCCUCGUAUGUCAGAGAAUUGAAUUGUGAUAAAAGAAGAUGCAGGUUUUAUUUGUUGUCCCCGACAGUCAUUGGGAUGAAAAGGGAAAAACUAUAGCGGAUUUUCACUUCAGAAUCCCAGCUCUGACGUUAGGCAUCCAGAAUUGGAUGGGCCAGAGUAGUCUGCUCUGAGCCAAAUUGUUCCCAGUUCCCUGUGGCCUCAGGUCAUGUUUCCCAAGAGGGAACUGGAAAAUUCUGGUACUAACUUAUGGCCUUGAACAUCCAAAGAUCUGAUAGAAGAUACAGAAAGCCUCCAAAAGACCUCAAAAGAAUCUCAAAGUGGUUUGGACCCAUGACAACGUAGAACCAGAACAAAGCUCUAGAAACUGCGCCAACCCAAAACCACCACGCUGGCAGAGGCUGUAAGCCCUGAGCGGCAAGCAGGGAAAAUCCGAUCGGUAUCACUGCAAUCUCAGUGUAAUUCACUUACAUUCUUGGCACCCCUGUCUGCUCAUGUCGGUGCGCUUUGAAAGGGUUGUCCUAAUGUUCGUGUAAUGUCAGCUCUGAUUUGGAUUAAGAAAAAACCCAAUAUAUUCAGGGGUAAACUUUGGUGUCAUUGAAACGCAGGGGAAAACAAUUAGCUUGCACUUAUGUAAAGAUUUAUUUCGUUUAGCCAAAUCUCAUGGUUUUCUGAAUUUAGGAAGAGCCCCCGCUUGAGCCAUUUACAGAUGGAGAUGCAGUCUUCUCUGCAAAUGAGAAGUUUAUAUGUGUGGACAUACAGUGCCAACACAUGCAGGUGGUAUUACAACUUAAAUAUUGACGACUAUCUUCUGCCUCAUCAAACACUUAACUUCAUUGGAUUUCCUCUUUGAGUACACAUUUAUAAAUACCUCCGAUCACCUAACAGCAUUAUAAUUGAUUUCUUAAUUUACAAAGCAUUGUGAUCAACUUAAGUACACACUGUGGAAAUAAAUGUUAUUCUAGCAGCUCACUAAAGUUAUAGUCUAUACAGGGGACCAAAGACAUGUAUUGGGCAUUAAUUUUCUAUUUCAGAAAGUUACUCUUUUUUUGGUGUUUUGUUGGUAUCUUUCACAAUUCCUUUCAUUGUUAAGUACAUUUUCUUGAAUUACAUUUUGUAUUCCCUCUAAAAUGAAUGUACUAUUAAAGUUCAGUUGGGAUGGUUUAA